AUGGAGCCUUCAAGCCCCUCUACUAGCCUACCACAGAUUGUUUAUCAAUGGCAAGAAGGUGUUGAGUCUCUUGAAGGAUAUCGCCCUGGUGGCUAUCAUCCAACACAUAUCGGUGAUCGGUAUCAUGACGACCGCUAUGAAGUCGUCCACAAGCUAGGUCAUGGGAGUUACUCAACCGUCUGGCUUGCCAAAGAUCACCUACAAGCCAGAUAUGUUGCAUUGAAGAUUCUUGUCGGUGCCGCCCUUGAAAAAAACUCGGAGGGAAAAGUUUUACGCGCAUUAAGCUCGUGCAAGACAGACCAUCCAGGACGAGCAUACGUGUCGACGUUACUGGACGAGUUUACUAUCAAUGGGCCAAAUGGCAGCCAUUUGUGUAUAGUGAAUGAAGCCGCUGGCUGUAGCGUUGCACAAUCAAAAGAAGCCAGCAUCACGUGGAAGUUCACUCCCAAGGUGGCAAGGGCGAUAUCUGCCCAAGCUCUACUUGGAUUGGAUUAUAUCCACUCUUGUGGAAUAAUACACGGUGAUCUGCACUCCAACAACAUUCUAUUCAUAUCCUCAAACUUCAGCUGGUGCACCACUGAAGAACUCUAUCGCCGUGUAGAAGAGCCUCAAAAGCUGCCAGUAGAGCGGCUAGAUGGAGGUCUCAAGGGCCCAGAAGUCCCAAAAUACUGCGUCCCACCUGCAUUGAUGUUCCAGUCAAGCGAGGAAGUCGUUGACAGUCAAGUCCUCAUUUCAGAUUUCGGCGAGGCUUUCUUUCAAAGCGAAGAGGAGCGGCAACACUUGCAUACGCCAAUCUUACUCCUCCCACCAGAAAUGUUCUUUCACGAGCAUCUGGGCCCGGCCGUUGACGUAUGGACUCUGGGAUGCACCCUUUACGAGAUCCUCGGCGAACGCCCUCUGUUUGAAGGAUUUAUGCCAGACGAAGAUGACGUAGUUGCAGAAAUGAUAAGCACGUUGGGACCUCUGCCAGAGCGCUGGUGGGAUCGAUGGGAGCAUAAGACAGACCUUUUUCUCGAGGACGGGUCAUGGAAGACGGACACACAUCGUGUCCAUGCACCGUAUCCUCGACCACUGACUGAGCGGCUGCGCAUCAUGGGACGAGGAGAGGAUCCUGCGACGUGCGAGUUUAGUCCCGGACGAAAUUAUGUGUCUUGA